AUGAAUCAAAACAUCAAUUUAAGCUCUGUUCAGGAACUUAUGGAAGAGACGCAGGUUUUUGAGACCCAACCAAGACAACCUUAUAGAUUAGAUGGGAAUUUCCAAUUAGGUGGCCAUCUGUGUAAUUCAUGGCUGCCAUCUCAGAGUUGCUACCCAUAUUCAUCUCAUUAUCCAUAUAUGCAUACAAAUUUCGACAGUGAUUGGGAAAUAUUUGAAGCAGUAAGAAAUCGGGAACUGGAGGAAGUCAAAGCCAGAGCUGCCCAAAUGGAGAAGACCAUGCGCUGGUGGUCAGACUGUACUGCUAACUGGCGGGAGAAAUGGAGCAAAGUUAGAGCAGAAAGAAAUAAAGCCCAAGAGGAAGCAAGACAAUUGAGAAUCAAAUUAGACAGUGUUGUAAAAGAACUGAGUAUGUUUAAAAAAAUUAAUCAAAAUUUAGUGAGUGGGAAGGAAAACUUGGAAAAUGUAUUUGCUUGGAAAACAGAAUUCAAUUGCUCAGAAAUACCUUAUAUUAAAAAAGACCUAAAUCAGCUAAUAUUACUGCAACGAGAACCUGUAAAAGAACUGAGGAAAACCAACAAGACUCCUGGGGUAGAAGACACAAAGAAGGAUGUAGGGAUAAUCAAACCCCAAAACAAUCACAAUAAAAAAAUCACUUCAAAGUCUCCUGAUUACUUUCCCAAUGGAGUUCCAAGCAUCUAUGUGGAGGAACCUAAAAAAAAUUUGGACAAUACAGCUAAGACAACAGAGAAUGAUUUAAUACAUGUUUCUGUCUUGCAUUUGCAUUUGGCUGAGAUGCAGAAAAUCUUACAAAAGGAAAGAGA